AUGUCUUUACCUUGUUUUGCGAUAAAGAUUGUAGCAAUUGUAGAAUCAAGAAAAGAUGUCGGAGAAUAUUGGAAGCUGGCCAUGAAAGACCAAGACAUGCCUGAGGAAAUUCAAGGUCUCCUUGAUGCAAACAUUGAAAAGAAUUUCAAGACUCUCAAGCAGUCUUUUGAUGCUAAGGAAAAUAAUAAAGCUGUCAAAGAUUUUGAACCAAGACCUAAUGUUUCGGCUUAUGGAGAAAAUGACAUCAAUACUACAGAAAAUAAGGGCGCCAAUGAAGAAUUUGAACCAAGACCUAAUAUUUCAGCUUAUGGAGACAACAACAUUGAUGAUGAGAAAAAAAAGAAAAGUACUGAAGAUUUCGAACCAAGACCAAAUAUUUCAGCUUAUGGAAACAAUGACAUCGAUGAUAGGAAAAAGAAUAAAGUUGUUGAGAAUUUUGAACCAAGGCCAAAUAUUUCUGCUUAUGACAACAAUGAGAUUGGUGCUGAAUUCACAGAGGAUUUUGAACCAAGACCAAGUGUCACUAAAUAUAAUGCAUAA